CUUCAAUCAUGAGGAAGUGCUUGACGCUCUUAUACUUUUCUUCGCUUCUCUUGAGCGGCCUUUAUCCGCUUUGCUUCGCCGUAAGCACAUCGAAGGGUCGAAAAAAUGUCAACGCUGACCUGAAUAGUAUACCAACGGAGUUGGACCAGGGAAGUGCAGAUCCGAACAUUCAAAGUAGCGCACAAACACUUCAUGAUGGAGCGAUUUUACCGCAGACUAAAGGCAAGAAGGUUAACGUUCCAGACUUGAACUUCCCUGCAUGCGAUAUCCAUAGGCCCGACUGUCCUCAUUGGUCACAUUUAAACAAAACAGAAAGAAAAAGAAACAACCAAAGGUACAAUCGGAGCUUGAAGACAGACGCAGAAAAAGAAGAGAUAAGAAAAAGAGAACGUGAAUAUUAUCGCAAGUUACCUCAAGAGAAGAAGAAGUUAAUCAGUAAACGAAAGUAUCAUGAUGAACAGAAGCGAUUUUCAAAAAUGACCACAGAACAACAACAAAAACAUUUGAAGCAUCGGUCAAAGAUAGCGAUAAAAUCUUACAGGAAGAAAAAGGCGAAUGAUCAAGCAGAUCAGGAGUGAGACGACAGACAGAGCAUAAUCUGACCUGUGUACGAGCAUGCAAGCUAUGCUGACGUUAUCCCACAACUUUGAAUCUUUUGAAGUGAAUAAAGAAUUAACACCUGACAAUUCCGACGAGGCUUUAAAGCGACCUACUCAAGCGCAAGUUAUUAAAGCCGAAUACUUCCAUACGAUUUUCAUAAAUACAUAAUCAUUGCAAGCAAAAACAACAAGUGAAGCCCCUUCACUAUUUUUGUUAAUGCUUUCUAUAUGCCAUGCUUGCUAUUGUAGCUAUAUUUCUGACAUUACGUG